AGAAACCUUGUUUCCGUACGUCUGGAUGUUUAUUUCUGUCCUCUUUAACUCCUUGUAGCAGAACAAGGAGUAACAGUAACGCCAAACAUCACGAAAAAAUAAAUGUACAAUAAUGUUUUUGACUGAACAAAAGUUACCAGUAAGUUGUGAUAAUUGUUGUGAAUUGUUUACAUUUUCAACCUUGUUUCUUUGAAGUGUUUUUGAAGAAAAGACACCGUGAAUGUCGGUCUGUGUAGCCGAGGCGACCCACUGGAGACGGAGAGGCUUAGUGAAAUAAAUCCAGGAGGUUGACAGCAGGCAGGCAGAGCGGCACGUCUACAGCGGAUCCUCUUGUUCUGGAGAAAAGGCGAGCCGCUUCAACUAACGUACGCGGUACCUCAAGACAAAAGCACUGAGAAUGGCUUCAGUCCUGCAAAAGCUGAUCACCCCACUGUUCACCGGUACUCCCGAGCCCCCCAGGAACAAAGUGACAGUAGUGGGUGUGGGUCAGGUCGGCAUGGCCUGUGCUGUCAGUAUCCUGCUCAGGGAGCUGGCUGAUGAGCUGGCCCUGGUGGAUGUGCUGGAGGACAAGCUGAAGGGAGAGAUGAUGGACCUGCAGCACGGCAGCCUUUUCCUCAAAACCCCCAAAAUAGUCGCAGACAAAGAUUACUCAGUUACAGCAAACUCUCGCAUCAUUGUCGUCACAGCCGGAGUCCGUCAGCAGGAGGGGGAGAGUAGGCUGAACCUCGUACAGAGAAACGUCAACAUAUUCAAGCACAUCAUCCCUCAGAUUGUACGAUACAGCCCCGACUGCAUCAUCAUUGUUGUUUCCAACCCGGUCGACGUUCUGACCUACGUGACCUGGAAACUGAGCGGCCUUCCGAAGCACCGCGUCAUCGGCAGCGGCACCAACUUGGACUCGGCCCGCUUCCGCUUCCUGAUGGCGGACAAGCUUGGUAUCCACUCCAGUAGCUUCAACGGGUGGAUCCUGGGAGAACACGGAGACACCAGUGUGCCUGUAUGGAGCGGGACAAAUGUGGCCGGAGUCAGCCUGCAGACAUUGAACCCCAACAUCGGCACAGACUUUGAUGAAGAGAACUGGAAAGAAACUCAUAAGAUGGUGGUGGAUAGCGCGUAUGAGGUGAUCAAGCUGAAGGGUUACACCAACUGGGCCAUCGGUCUGAGUGUGGCCGACUUAACUGAGAGCCUCAUGAGGAACAUGAACAGAAUCCAUCCGGUCUCCACCAUGGUGCAGGGCAUGUAUGGGAUCGGCGACGAGGUGUACCUGAGUCUGCCCUGCGUGCUGAACAGCGGAGGCGUGGCCAGUGUGGUCAACAUGACCCUGACAGAUGAAGAGGUGGCCCAGGUGCAGGCCAGCGCCAACGCGCUGUGGGACAUCCAGAGGGACCUGCGGGACAUCUAACCCUCCACUAGGGGGCGAUGCAGAAACAUCUCCACGGUUGCUCUUCACUCUGCAGUCACUGAAAACCAUUCAGUUCCACUUGCUGCGCCUCACUCACUGCUUCCUGUAGAUUCUUAUCACAUUUAGCCGUAGGUGUCAUUUUGAACAUUUAUAAAUGUUCGUGAGGAGAUUGAAGGUGGUAAAAACAGAGGGAAAUGUUUUGAUGUACAUGUUCAGACACACAAAGUGUUGCUUUGAUACAAAAUAAAGAAGGUUUACUGGG